AUGAAUGAUAGUAGUAAUAUUGUAGAUGGAGGCUCAGACGAGGAGAAGAAAAGUAUAGUUAUUAAUGAAACAAAAGAUGAUGAAAAAUUAAAAUUUUUAAUAGAAGGGAAAUUGGUUGAAAAAAAACGUAUAGUAGAUUUUAUAAAACCUCUAAAAGAUGAUAUAAAAGCGUUAGAUUUUUUAUUGUUUGAUAUGUUAAAAGAUAAUCUACCUAAUAAUUUAUUCGAAGUAUUAUGUAAAAUUCAUGAUUUAUCAGAAACAUAUAGUGAAAAUCCAACUGUUGAAAAUUUUGAAUCAUUAAAAAAUUGUAUUUAUAAUUUAAAAGAUGAAUAUUUAGGAACUAUAGUAAAUGCAUUUGGUCAUAUGUGCAUUCUAUCCAAUUUUGCUGAAUGGGCUCAUAGAGGAAGAAGAAGAAAGGCAUUUGAAAAGUCCUUUGUGCCAAAUGAUAAAAUAUAUGGUUCCGUAAAUGAAACAUUAAAAGGUACAUUUAAUAUAUUAAUUAAUAAUGGUUUUAAUGUAAAUGAUAUAUAUGAACAGCUGUGUAAUCAAACUAUUGAAUUUGUAUUAACCACACAUCCAACACAAGCAAUUAGAACUUCUCUUUUAAAAAAUUAUAUACAAUUAGGAGAGUUAUUGUUAAAAUUAGAUAAUACUGAUAAGGAAUUAUAUAAAAAAAAAUUAUUGUAUGAUAAUUUAAAAACUAAUUUAUUAGCAUCAUGGAAAACAGAUGUAAUUAGAAGAAUUAAACCAACACCCAUUGAUGAAGCUAUAACAUUAGUUGAUAUUGUAGAAAAUUGUAUUUUUUAUAGAAUGCCAAAUAUUAUAAGAUAUAUUGAUAAUGUUUUUUUUGAAUAUAAUUUGCCUCCUGUUAAGUUAAAUUCCAAAAUUUGUUUAUUUUCUUCAUGGGCUGGUGGUGAUAGAGAUGGGAAUCCAUUUGUUUUGCCAGAAACUACAAAAUAUGUAUGUUAUAUGAAUAAAAUAAGAGGAUGUGAAUUAUUUAUUCCAAUGAUUGAAAUAUUAAUAAGAGAUUUAACAUUACACCAUUGCACAGAACGAUUUAAAACAUAUGUGAAACUUUUAGAAGAUGAAGUUUCUGAUUAUAUUUUUGAUAAAGAUAAUAGAUACUUGGUGCAGAAAUUCCAGUGGUUUUCUCCAUUCUCCAAACCUAAUAAAAAAGAAAUAUAUAGAAGGGCAUUAUUAGUAGUUAGGGCAAAAUUGAAAAGUGGAGUUCAAGUUUAUAGAUCUUUAAUAGCAAAUCAGACAGUAGAUCAAGAUUUUGAGAAGUUAAUGUUUCAUAAUACGGAAGAAUUUGAAGAAAUUUUAUUAGAAUGUUAUAGAAGUUUGGUUCAGUCAGGUAAUACAUUAAUAGCAGAAGGUUAUUUAAAAGAUGUUAUAAGAAAUGUUAAAAUAUUUGGCUUACAUUUACUAAAGUUAGAUAUAAGACAAGAAUCCGAUAAACAUGUAUUAGCAAUGAAUUAUAUAUGUGAAAAAUUAAAUAUGAAAAAAUAUUCUCUUUUAAAUGAAGAAGAAAAAAUAAAUUUUUUAACAGAAAUAUUAAAUUCUAAUAGGCCAUUAAUACCAAAUAAUAUAGAACAGGAAGAUGAUGUUCCAAGCGAUUUUUUGAAUGUUAUAAAAACAUUUGAUGUAUGUUCACAAAUAGAGGAAAGUGCUUUAGGUGCUUACAUAGUAUCUAUGUGUAGUAACGCUUCUGAUAUUUUGCUAGUAGAGGUAUUUCAAAAGGAAUUUAAAAAAACUGCUCAGAGAAGAACACAAAGAGUAGUUCCCUUAUUAGAGACUAUUCAAUCCUUGAAAAAUUCAUCUAUCAUUUUAGAAAAUUUGAUAAAAAAUCCAUGGUAUCGUAAUCAUUUAAGAAUUUACUUUGAUAAUAAGCAAGAAAUCAUGAUUGGUUAUUCAGAUUCUGGUAAAGAUGGAGGCAGAUUAGCAUCUGCAUGGGAACUAUUCAAAGCACAAGAAAAGUUAGUAGCAUUAGGAAAAGAGUAUUCGGUUGAAGUUCAUUUUUUUCAUGGAAGAGGUGGAAGUGUAAGUAGAGGAGGAGGACCACAACAUUUAGCAAUUUUGUCUCAACCUAUAGAUACCAUAAAAAAUUAUUUGAGAGUAACAAUACAAGGAGAAGUAAUAACACAAAAUUUUUGCUUGAAAGGUAUGAUGUUAAGAUCCAUUGAAUCUUAUAUAAGUGCACUUUUAAAAUGCUCUUUAUUACAAAAUACAGUUGUAAUUAAAAAAGAAUGGAGAGAUUUAAUGGAUGAAAUAAGUACAUUAACUACGAAAGAGUACAAAAAAGUUGUUUAUGAAAAUCAAGAUUUUGUUAAAUAUUUUAGAUAUGCAACUCCUGAAAUUGAAAUUGGAAAAUUAAAUUUAGGAUCAAGACCAUCUAAAAGAAAAGAGGGAAAUGUAGAAUCUUUGAGGGCAAUACCUUGGGUUUUUUCAUGGACUCAAAAUAGAAUGCAUUUACCAGUCUGGUUAGGUAUUGAAGUAGUCUUAGAUUAUAUUGCAAAUAAUAAAAAGUUACAUAUUCUACAAGAUAUGUAUAAAAAUUGGCCUUUUUGUACUAGCUUUUUUAAUUUAAUUAGUAUGGUUAUGGCUAAAGCUAGUGUAAAAAUAGCACAAGAAUAUGAUAUAUUAGUUCCGGAUGAGUUAAAAUAUAUAGGUGUUCUUUUAAGAGAGAAAUUAAAAAAAUCCAUGGAAGUAACUUUUCUUGUUACUAAUGAAAAAACAUUUUGUGAUAAUGAUCAAUUGACAAAGAGAUCUAUUGAAAGUAGGACCAAGUGGGUUGUAGUUUGCAAUUUAAUACAAAUACAAGCUCUUAAAAGGCUAAGAGAAAAGGAAAAUAGUAAUCCUAAUUUUAAUUAUGAUAUUAAAAACAAUAAUUUUAAAAGAUAUAAUUUAUUAGAAUCACCCAGUGUUGACACCAUUGAUUUAUUAAAAAAAAAAAUUGAUGAAUUAAGUAAUGAUCACAAUGAAAAAAAUAAUACCUUAAUUAAAGAUUUUAAAAAAAAAUACACUACAAGUUUUCCUUCUAAGAUCUAUCCCAAUAGAGAAAUUGAUAAUUUAAAAAAAUUCAAUAAACAAGAUAGUGUUAUGUGCAUUAAGUCUUAUUUAAGUAGAAAGAAAAAUAAAUUAAGAAAAAAUCCGAAAUUUCAUCCUUUAUUAGAAUCUGAUUCUUCCGCAUGCUUUCCAAGUGAGACAGAAAAUGAAAAUUUUUAUGAAGAUAUUAAAGGAAUAGAUUCUAACUAUCAAAGAAGUUUAUCAAAAAUAAAUGAAUCAUCAAAUGAAGAUUCUACAAAAACUUAUAUUGAUUAUACUUCAUUAAAUGAUGCUUUAAUAGUGUCCAUAAAAGCAAUUGCAGCUGGUAUGCAGAACACAGGAUAA